UAAAAUGUCAGCUUCCAUCAAUUUCUGGAAAUUAUUGAAAAAUUUGUAAUCUUUGUUGAAUAUCUCUUUCCAUUGGUUCAAUAUAUUGGUAACAUUCUUGCGCAAUUAUGGCGGAGGAUAAGAUGUUCAAGCUACAAGGGCAAAUUCGCCAGAAUCAGGCCGAAGUUCAAGAAUAUUUGAAAGAUUUGGAUAAUUGGUCAUCCGAUAUAAAAAAGAAAGAGUCAAAUUUGAAAUCCUCUAAAGAUGCGAUUGGUAAUAAAGCUCAGAAAUUGCCACCUGUGCGCAAUAGUCUCGAUCGUAAGAAAAAAGUUAAAAAGAAGAAGAAGAAAGAGAAUGGUGAAUCACAAGAAGCAUACUCAGCCAUUCCUUCAAAUGAUGAUACCAAAGAAGUUACCAAACAAUCCAAGAAAAUAAGUGGAUUUGACUUCAGAGCUUGGGAUCAAUUUGAUGUGGAUAAGGCUUGUGCUGAAAUUGAUGAGGAUGCCGACAGAUCAGGGUCAGCGUCAAGUAGUGAAUAUGAAACAGAUGAGGACUGGGAGGUUGAGAGAAAGAAACAGCAAGCAAUUUAUGAAAAGGACAAAGGCAACCAGUACUUCAAGGAGAAGAAGUAUGACUUAGCAAUUGAGUGCUACACCCAAGGGAUGCAAUGUGAUAUGUCUAAUGCCCUACUACCUGCCAACAGGGCCAUGGCACUUCUCAAACAAAACAAAUAUGCAGCAGCUGAGAGGGACUGUUCUAUUGCCAUACAGCUCGACCCCACCUAUGUGAAAGCCUAUGCCAGAAGAGCAACUGCCAGAAAAGGAUUGGAAAAAUGGCGGGAUUCUAAAAGUGACUUUGAAAAAGUUUUAGCACUUGAGUCGAGUAAUAAAGAAGCUAAAGCAGAAUUGGAAAAACUGGAUAAGAAAAUUAAUCCUCCACCAUUGCCAACAGAGGACACCACUGGUAUGGUAAAAGCUAUAUACAAACCACCAAACAUGAGGUCAAAGAAACCUCUCAUUAGACUUGAUAUUGAGGAGAUUGGAGUGGACAAUGAGGAACAAAAACGAACUGAACAAAUAAAAGAAGUUAAGUCAUCUCAAAGUGAAGUGAAACAUAAAAUGGUUGAAAAAGAUGAAAAACUAUUUGAACAAUUUACUGAAAAUGCCUCACCAGCUUCCAUAGUAAAUAUGAUGAGUCAUUCCAAACGUACACCAAAUAAGCCGUCUGCUGAUGAGGUCAUAGGGGUCAAGGCCAGUAUUGAAGAAAUAGAUGGCACUGAUGUCAAAGAAACUGUCAGUUCAAAAAGAAAAAGUAUCAGCCCUAGAAUUAAUUCAAAUACUGCUCAAUCAAAUACAUUGGUGAAGAAAACCUCCCCAAUGACAUCACCAAGAGACACACAGACAGAUUUAUCACCACGUAUCCCUCCAGUUCCACAAUCGUCGUUCCAAUUCCAAACUGAUUGUAAAGUGCUCAAGAAACAUAAAGAAAAGUUUUAUACAUAUUUCAAGGCAAUUCCUCCAGGGCAGUAUAAAAAGUUGAUAGGCAACUCGCUUGAGUCUGACAUGCUGCUAAAUAUUCUCACAACUCUCAAUGAUUACUAUGUACCUUCUGGUGCUGAUGUUUUCUCUGAGCUUGACAGUUUAGCAAAUGUACAGAGGUUUACGAUGACUGUCAUGUUCAUGUCCACUGCAGAACAAAAAGUCAUAAAACAAUUGCUCAGCUAUUUGACAAACAAAGGAGUCCACAAUCCCAGUGAUAUUGAAGAACUAAAACGCUUAGACCAUAUCACACCCCUGUUUAGAAGAAGAAAGCAAGCAACAAAUGUCCCAGAUCUACAACAUGUAUCCACUAUUCUAUGUACAUGUAUGUCGAGUCUCUAUACUCUCCUGAAGAGAACCUAUGCUACAGACACAACUGUCCAGAAUUUAGAUGAUGAUCUGCUGAAACAGUUUGAUGAAUGGUGUGCUGACCAAGUACCUAAACAGUUUGAUGAAUGGUGUGCUGACCAACAGAAUGUACCAGUCUUCAAGCUUUGGUUUCUGAUUAUUUAA